UAGCAAAGAAAUCCAAUGGAGCAUCAUCUUCUUUGUGCUUCUUCAUCUUUACUGCUACUCUUCUUAUUCAGUUCUAUUCCUGUAACCAACCAAUUCACUUUUGGCAGCAGCAAACAAGCUCAUAAUUAUGCGAAUGUCUCGUGUAUUGAGAAUGAACGACAAGCUCUUCUUCAAUUUAAGCAUGGGUUGAUAGAUGAAUCAAAUCGUCUGUCUUCUUGGAUUGGAGAAGGAUGUUGCUCAUGGGAAGGCAUUAGUUGCCGCAGAACCACUGGUAGUGUUUUGAAACUUGAUCUACGCAAUACGGUGCCACUCUAUUCUUAUGAUGUUGGUUAUCACUGCACAAAUUGCUUAGGAGGCCAAUUGAGUCCAUCUUUGGUCAAUUUGACCAAUUUGCGAUACUUGGAUUUGAGUGUGAAUAAUUUUUCAACAUUCCAAGUUCCCGCAUUCUUGGGAUUGUUGAAAAACUUGAGAUACCUCAAUCUCUCAAGGGCAGGAUUUGGUGGUGAAAUUCCCCACCAUUUAGGAAACCUCUCACAUUUACGGUAUUUGAAUCUUGGGUGGAAUAGGUUGAGGACUAAGGAUCUCGGAUGGGUUGCUGGGCUCUCUUCUCUAGAAGGCCUAGUCAUGUUCAAUGUGAACCUUACAGCCGCUCGAGAUGGGUUACAGUCCAUUAACAUGCUUCCUUCACUAACAACACUAGAUUUGAAUCGUUGUGGUCUUUUCAUCCAUCCUCAUCUUUCACAUGUCAAUUUCACAUCUCUUGCUUCCCUUGACCUUGGUGAAAAUAAUUUCAACAACUACAUGGUCCCUCCUUGGCUCCAUAAUCUUACUGGCCUCCAUGAUUUUCGUCUUGGUGAUAAUGAUCUUUCUAAUCCAAUUCAUGGCCUGUUUGACCAAAUGACCUCUCUAGUUCAUCUCGAUCUAUCUUUAAACCGCUUUGAUAUUUCAACGUUGAAAUCACUUUGUAAUGCAAGCAGUCUUACUUAUUUGGAUCUGAGGGGUAAUAAUGUGCAAGGGUCAAUACCAAGUGAAAUAGGUCAGCUUCCAAAACUAACCAGCCUAUCAUUGUCCUUUAAUAAAUUAAAUGGUACCAUACCGACCAAUCUUUGGCAGCUGACGAAGCUACAAGCAUUUGACGUUGGUGACAAUUCAUUAACUGGCGUCCUAUCUGAAGACCAUUUUGCGAAACUCCGAGAGCUGAAGUCACUGGGCCUAUCCGUAAACUCGCUCGCUCUGAACGUGAGCUCCUCGUGGGUUCCUCCUUUUCAACUCCAUGAAAUUCAGAUGCGAUCCAUCAUUGUGGGACCCAGGUUUCCAGCUUGGCUUCGGACGCAGAAGGAGGUUGAGGAGUUAGACAUGCGGAAUGCGAGCAUUUCAGAUGCCAUACCCAGCUGGUUUCGAGUGCUUUGUCAUAAUAUUGAGUCAGUAGAUCUCUCCAGCAACAGCCUAACUGGAAAUCCUUUGGAGUCCAAACAGCAUAGACCAAGUCGUUAUCGUUAUCGACGUUUAUCUCUAAGCUCCAACAAAUUGACUGGAUCUCUCAAAUCGUUGCCGUUGGAUAUUUCAUAUUUAGAUCUUUCACACAAUUUUCUUACUGGACAUAUUCUGCAGCUUGAAGUUGGUCAAACGAUUGUACCUGCGCUGUCGUCUCUCUUACUAAAUGAUAACCGUUUCACAGGUACUAUCCUUGAAGACUUGUGCAAGUCGGAAAAUUUAUCAGAAUUGGAUCUAUCCAACAAUCUUCUGUCCGGAAGAGUUCCUCUGUGUCUAGGAAACUUGCGAGAGCUGUGGGUCCUAAACUUGGCAAAUAACAGUCUAUCCGGUCAAAUCCCAAGUUCACUGGGUAACUUGCGGCGACUUGAUGCUCUGCAUUUGAAUGGAAACAAAUUGGUUGGGAAGCUCCCUACCUCAAUGCAGCAUCUGAGAAAUUUGCAAACUCUUGAUCUCGGUGACAAUGGACUGAAGGAUAUUAUACCAGCUUGGAUUGGGGAAAGGUUAUCAAAUUUAUGGUUUCUAAGAUUUCAGUCAAAUAACUUCCACGGACCUAUUUCCGAUACACUCUGCCAACUCUCACGUCUUCGAGUGCUGAACUUAGCACAUAAUAACUUGAGUGGAUUUAUUCCUCGCUGCUUUAACAACAUUACUACCAUGGUAUCAAGUCAAGAUGGAGGUUUCGCCAUUGAAUCACAACAAAACCUUCAAGACAUUAAGGGAGGAAGAGAAGUUGAGUAUGACGCAUGGAGCCUUCUGUUUGUUAGAUCCGUAAGCCUCUCAGCAAAUAAUUUAGUUGGCGAGAUCCCUGAUGAGAUAAUGGAGCUGGUUCAAUUGCAAGUUUUGAAUCUUUCACAAAAUCAUUUGACUGGAAGGAUCCCCAAGAAGAUUGGCAACUUGAAGCAACUUGAAACACUUGAUCUAUCAAUGAAUGCGCUCUUCGGUGCAAUCCCCGAAAGCUUAUCUGAUUUGUACUCAUUGAACUCUCUGAAUUUGUCACACAAUAAACUUUCAGGGCCAAUACCAUCAGGAAAUCAACUUCAGACCUUGACCGAUCCAUCCAUCUAUGAAGGAAACAGUGGACUCUGUGGCAAACCGCUCCCAAACAGCUGCUGGGAACACAAAUUGCCUACCAAAAAUGGGCUUAUUGAUGAGGAUGAAGGCCACAGCGAAUCUGAUUGGUCUUGGUUUUAUGCUGGAGUAGGACCGGGUUUUGCUGUCGGGCUCUUGGGAGUUCUGGGAAUCGUUCUCUUCAAGAAGUCAUGGCGCCACGCAUACUUCAAGUUUAUAGAAAGUGCCUGUGACAAAAUCUGGGUAAAGAAUACUCGCCUGAGGAGGAAGUUCCGUUGAGCCCACAAUCAUUCGAGUGCUUUGCAGCUGCUGUUGUUUGGCUCUGAGAAUGAGCAAUCUCUUCAAUAUUCAUUGUAUUUCUUCUGCGG